AUGGCUAGCCGUUACGCCUCCGCCGCUGCUCUGCUGGUCGUCGUCGCCGUUGCCGCCGUCUUCCAAGCCACGUCCGCCGCUUACAUUGUUCCCGAAGUGGUCAUGAUGAGGAUGAAGCGUAACCCCGAGCCCAUGCGAUCGUUUUCGUACAGUGGUUUCAACCCCAACGGGCAGAUGUCCGCGUUCACCGGUCUGGCCGAGUACCCGAUGUUCGGUGGCAGCUUCGGGUCACCGCAGCAGGCCGGUCCGUACAACUACGGGCCGCAGCCGGCCACACAAGACUCUUACGGGCCACCACAGGCCCCUCAAGACUCUUACGGGCCACUGCCGUCGGGCGUUGCUGGACCACAGCAGACACCGUCCGCCGACUCGAACAACAAACAGCCACAACAGUACGGAGGCUCGUCGGCCGCGGGCAGUCAACAGCAACCACAAGAGUACGCUCCGCCAAAAUCGGGCGUGCCGGUCGAUUCUAGGGAACAGAACAACAACAGCGUGGAACAAGCAGACACCAAGAAACAGCACAGAGGUCGCGAUGGUCCGAGCAGCAACGCGGAAGCUUCGUUCAACGCUUGGUUUCCCAUAAUGUUCGGCGUUUUCCCCAACGGUGCCGGCAGCGGCAACGGUCAGUCGGGCAACUCGAACAACCGCGGUAACAGCAACCAAGGACAGGGCCAGAGUCAGGACCAAGGUAACUCGUACGGGGGCAACGGUUACGAGAGGUCAUCGGGCACGACGGUGAUCGCAAACAGCGUGAGCAACGGCAGACACGGUGUGGCCACCAGUCACGCGAUCGCCUACGGCAAUCCCAGGUCGCAAAACUGA